AUGCAAGCUGCUAAGCUGUCAGAAGAAGAUGGUGUGUCGUCAUCACAACCACCGGAAUUGGAAGACAAAUCAUCCAAAGCCAAAACCGCCAAGAGUGGUAUAUAUAAGCUCGUGUCUCCGGGUGAUGAAGUUCGGUGGAUGGCGCUGCUGGGGCUGGCGCUGUGGAGUAUUAUGUUUCCUUUUUUGUCGCUGCAGCAGAUGGCGCUGGUACUGGGGCUGGUGCUGGUGCUGGUGCUGGUGGGGCUGGUGCAGAAGGGGCUGGUGCCUUUGCGGCUGGUUCCGCUGGUGCUGGCGCUGAUAACGAUGCUCGUGUCUCCGGAUGAUGCAGUUCGGCGGGUGGGGCUGCUGGGGGUGGCGCUGCUGGCGGUGCUGCUGGGGGUGGCGCUGGGGCGGGUGCUGCUGGGGGUGGCGCUGCUGGGGGUGCUGCUGGGGGUGGCGCUGGGGCGGUGGAGUAUUAUGUUUCCUUUUUUGUCGCUGCAGCAGCUGGCGCUGGUACUGGUGCUAGUGCUAGUGCCGGUACAAACCCUCCACAGGAUCAUGAAUUUCUGUCGCGCAUGCAUGCACGGGCAUGGCGGCAGGCUCCUGAAGUGGGGGCCCCACGAAUGGGUUCUGGACUCCGGCGCGUGGAACCACCAUACCUCCAACCUGGCGCUGCUGCUUGAAGGCGGCUACUUCCAGUCUCAGGAGCUGGACAACAAAGAUGCUCCGUCGAGCGGGGAUGAUGCCACCGCCCCGCAUGUCCAUGUCCUGGGGCGCGGGUCUGUACGGACGGACUGCUUUGACUUCCCAGGCGUCCACUAUGUUGUUGGGGACGACACAAGGAAUGUUGUGUCGGUGUCUCAGCUCGCUCGUGAUCAUGGACUGGUCACUGUCUUUGAGCCGACGUCUUGCCACGUCAAGGAGAAGAAGACCGGGAAGAUCGUUGGCAAGGGUCGCUUACGCAACGGCAUGUACAUACUGGAUUCUCUACACAUCGUCGGCCAACAUAUAAGAGACGGAGGAACAAGUGGAGGCGAUCGCCAUGAUGGAGCAGAUGGAGGUGGUGGAGGUAAUGGAGAUGGUGAUAGCACAGCUGAAGGGCGUGGAGGAGGUGGAAGAGAUGGUAGGGGAGGAGGAGGAGGGACCGGAGCUGGAAACCAGGGAGAAAGCAGUGGAAGUGGAGCCGCCAGAGGAGAUAUUAACGAAAUAAAUGAGGAGGGGGAGGGCGGGGACGAAAAAGAGAUUGAAGAAAUGGAUGAUAAUGAUGAAGAUGACAUCAAGGAGAUGGGAGAAAUAAAUGGCAAAGGGGAAAAGGAAGAUGAUGAGAAAAGAGGAGGACAAAAUUCUGGACAAUUAUCGUCUCGAUCGCACACAGGCUUGUUUGUCAUGUCAAGAUUAGAUUGCAUAUGCUGGAUUGCCAUAUUGUGCAUUGCAGCUUGCAUAUUGCGACCGUAUACAGGCUGGGGGGCAGGAGUAACAAUCUUGCCUGUGAAUUUUCACAGUCUAGUAUCUGGGUUCUCGGUAGUCCUGUUUAUUUUGAGCUUCCAACUUUUUAAAACACGGAUGAGCACAAUCUGUAAAGAAGAAGAAACAUUGGGGCCUUAUCUCCAAGAAUUAUCUCAUCAGGAGCAUAAUAAGCGAUUGUUUGGGCUAUCACGAUUUGAUGCGACUACGGACCCGACUGGGUACCAUCUUCCCGCUGGAGCCUUUCCUGCUUCGUCGACAAACGCAGCACGCCGAGAAGAAUUUCUACUGGACUCGGGUGCAUCCUUCCACAUGACAUGGAAUGAAUGGAUUCUAAUUCCCUACCCCAAGGAUCUAAAGGAUCAUACCGAGCCACCGACGCGGCGUUUCGGAGGGAUUAUUGGGUCUAUCGCGGUCAAAGCAUCUGGCUACUUGAGCAGCGAUAAGAUCAAGCUCGACGGCGUACUGCUUGCUCCCGACUCACGGAUGAACCUUGUCUCCGUUGGCCAGCUCUCGAUCCAGUACGAGGUGAAUGUGGAAAUGGACGACAAGGGGUUCGUCAUCAAGAAGAAGCAGGGCGGGGUACAGAUUGGGGGAGGCAAGAUGAUCCACCAUCUGUACGUGCUGGAAUAUCUCAACCCAGGAGUUCUAUUUGCUCUCAGCCCCACACCCGACUUCAAGACCUUUGGUACAAGUGUCAGCAGUUCUGCAUCAGAAGUGAGCAAGGAGGAUGACGGUGCCGUUGCUGAACCAAGCGGGCCGGAAGGAGAAGUCGCGAAGCCCAGGAAGCGGCAGCCCAACAAGAGACUCUUCGGUCCAGAAUGGAGCAACUAG